AUGCUGAUCAAGACCUCGUACCGCGAUGUGGAAACCAAGGCCGACGGUCGCCCCGGCAAGAUGCGCAUCUUCGUCAUCGAGCCUAAUGUGCCCGAGUACCCCGAAGCUAAGUUUCCCGGAUGCGUCGUCUUCUCCGAGAUCUAUCAGGUAACCGGCCCCGUCGAGCGCUUCGCGUCCAAUAUCGCCUCGGAGGGCUAUGUCGUUGCGCUGCCUUCCUCUUUCCACGAGUUCGAGGGUCCAGAGCCGAUUCCCUACGACACUGAAGGUACGGAUCGGGGGAACAGGUACAAGGUGAGCUAUAUUUCGCGGAGUGAAGCUGACUGUCAGAUCGAGAAGACCGUUGAGGCGUAUGACGAGCAGUGUGCAUUCGACCCUCGCGUUCUCUCUACCUUCUGCUACUUUGCGACCGACGUGCACUCGGCUACUCUUGGCAAGGGCAAGAAGGAUGAUACGCUCGUGCGCGUCAAGAAGGGGGAUCUGACGGGGAAAGGCGAAGUCACACUCGUCUUUGGCAAGCAGGACACACAUGUGGACCGCGCAGGCCGCACGCUAAUCCGGGACACGCUCGACGACGCCGGCGUCACCCUUUCUGCGCAGCACGCAUUCAUCCGCGACGAAUCGAGCAAGGGCCGAUGGGACGCCGCGCUCUCGCGAUCAUUGUUUGCCAUGAUGAUGGAGAGCUUCACGCGAUGUGUGGCCCGCGACCUUGGGAAACGCGUCCCUACUGGGGGCAAGGUGGAGCACGUCUGCUAG